AGUCUGCUGCUCAGAUGCACCGGAAAAGAGGAAGUGACAAAUAAGAGAAAUUGUUACCACACGACGCCACCCACGAUUAGGAAACGGAAGGACAGCCCCUUCGCCUGCCGGCCGGCCCUCCCCUCUUUCCCUGUGCAGCUACUGCAGUGCCGACGCGUCCGCCAUGCCGAAGCUGAGCAAAGAGGCCAAGCAACGGCUGCAGUACCUCUUCAAAGGUGGCCAGUUUGCCAUCCGCUGGGGCUUCAUCCCCGUCGUACUCUACCUAGGCUUUAAGAGAGGUGCAGAUCCUGGAAUGCCAGAGCCAACCCUUUUGAGUCUGCUUUGGGGAUGAAGAACUUAAACAUUGUGUUCUGGAAGCAACUGAUGAACAAAUAAAAGUGUUGAAGAUGUGUACAUUCCAGAAGCUAGAAAGGACACUUUUUGAACUAUGCCACUGACAACACAGUUUCCUGACUUCGUAGAAUACACUGACAUCAUGCAAUAUUACUUGCAAUACAGUGGAAUUUCUGUCAAACUUAUUUAUUUUACUUUCAUUUGCAAAUGUUGAAAUAAAUCUUUCUAAAGUUC